CUCCCGCGGGGCCGCCAGUCAUUCCUCCGCGGCGCGCACGGCCCGGCCCCAGCACGGGCUCCACCGUUCGCCUCCCCGAGACCUCCAGGGGCGGCGCUUAGAGCCGCGAGCAGCCGAAGAAAGACCAAAACAACUCCCCGCCCCCCCGCCAGCCCGCGAGAGGAUCCUGGCGGGUGUAGGAAGGCUCAGGAGACCUGUCAGAUUCUGCCCCUGUCACUCCAGAGACCAGUCUUUCAGCGACUCUUUAGGCUUCCACAUCUGCAGAUCCAGCCCUGGGAGAGAGCACCUUUCCAGCUGCCCACCAGAUCUGACUGUUCCCCGAGGGCAGCUGAGUGAAAAGACCGAUUCUCACUCGCAAGCUGUAAAUUUCUUAAUCUGGUGAUCUGGAAAUGCCUUCCCAGGGCCUGUGUGGUUGUCUUGCACUCACCGUAGACAAGAUUUGGGGAGAGAUAUCCUCAUCACCAUCAUCAACAAAAAAUGAUUGUAACUCACCUUGCUUCAAGGCAGAAAUAUACCACAGGAAGAAGGCAAGGCAGAGGCUGGGAACUCAAGCAGAACCACACAGGAAGUGGGUCCACGGAAAUAUGCACAAGGUCUUUGGUCAGACACCAUUUUACACUGUUGAAAAUUCACAGUGGAGCUUGUGGCCAGAAAUACCUUAUGACUUGAUUCCAAAGUACAAAGGAUUAUUGACCUGGUUGGAAAAAUACCGGUUACCCUUCUUCUGUAAAACCAACUUGUGUCUCCAUUACAUUCUCUGUCAGGAGCUCAUCAGUUUCAUUCAGUCCCCAGAAGGAGCCAAGAUGAUGAGAUGGAGAAAAGCAGACCAGUGGCUACUCCAGAAGUGCAUUGGUGGAGUCAGGGGGAUGUGGCGCUUCUGUACCUACCUCAACAGCAGUACAGGUGAAGAGCUGGUGGAUUUCUGGAUCCUUGCUGAGAGGAUCUUGAGCAUUGAUGAGAUGGACCUGGAAAUGAGAGACCACUAUCUGUCCCUUCUCCUUGUACUGAAGGCUACCCAUCUGCAGGAAGGCUCAAAAGUAGUAACUCUCUGCAACAUGAACAUCAAGUCCCUCCUGAACCUCUCCAUCUGGCAUCCCAACCAGUCAACCACCAGGAGGGAGAUCCUGAGCCACAUGCAGAAAGUGUCUCUGUUCAAACUUCAGAGCUAUUGGCUCCCCAACUUUUACAUCCAUGCCAGGACGAUUAUGGCCAAGGAAGAAUCAUGCCAAGGUUUGAUGCAGGAAUAUGAGACUCGCCUGUGCACUGUUUGCUGUACUCAUGUCGGAGGACUCCCUCUAAACAUGAGCAUCAAGAAGUGCCAUCACCCCCAGAAACAGUACUCGAGCAGGAAGACCAAGAGGAGGAUGUGGCAAUUGAUAGACCAUGGCUCUACUCUGGAAAUGGAUACUAAGCCAGAUGCCAACAUUAUUCCACCCCAGGAGAUGUGUUCUAAGGAGGACAUAUACAAAUACCUACAAAUGCCUUCCCCAAAAGUGACUUCUUCAAGAGAGCGAAUAAUCAGUUCCCUGGAAAAGGAUAUUCUCUGUGCCAGGAAGUCCAGCAUGAAGAAGAAAUCCAAAAGCCACCUCUACAUGGAGGGCCUCUUUGAGACAGCAUUCUCUACACAUCUGAGGACUGUCACCCCCAUCAUCAAUCACUCCCCCCAGAUGACUAUCAAGAAGUCCAUUAAGCAAAGCAUUUCCUUAGGGUACACCCACUGGGCCUUGUGUGCUGAUGCCUAUGCAGGGAGUCCCUUCCGGGACCACCUGAAAAAGCAGGAUUUGAAAGUGGAGAUACAACUCCUGGACCUCUGGCAGGAGCUGCACCAUUUCCUCAGUGUCCUGAUGAGUACCAGGAAGACUGGGAAUGCCACCUUUCGGCACAUGCUGGGCAACCGAAUUUGUGAGCUCUAUCUGAAUGAACAGAUUGGUCCAUGCCUACCACUCAAAUCACAAACCAUUGAAGGCCUGAAGGAGAUGCUGCCUUCUGGGGAAGUAAACCCCUGGAUACCCAGAGCCCAGAGAGAGAUCUGCAAGAUGCUCAGCUCCUGGUACGAUGAAUUCCUGGAUGAAGAGGACUACUGGUUUCUCAUUUUUACAACCAAGUUCAGCAGCAGCCGAUGGCAUAAAAAAGGAUCUAUAAAUAAAGAAGAGAACAUUCUUCUUUAUAAGAGGUGUGAGGAAUCCCUGGAGUUAAGCCAGGGUUUGGCUAACAUGGAGAAAAUGGAUUCUAUGCAGUGGCAAAAGAUAGCUACUGAGGACCUGAGACAAUGUGGGUCUCUCCAGGUAGAACUGAACUCUCCAGUGUUCGAAGCAGACAUAGAGAAAAUGUCCUUUGAGGAACUCUGCUAUAAGUAUCCAAAGGUGGCCAUACAGAGAAUCAGUGAUGACUACAAAAUAUAUUGUGAAAAAGCACCUAAAACAGAUUUUGCAGUGGAAAUUGUCAGAGAACCAAAGGUGCUUUCACCCUCAUAUAGGAAAAUGUCUUUCUUCAGAAAGACUGGUGCAAGGAAGCCCUCAUUAAGACCCAGAAACUUAACAGAAGUCCUCCUAAAUACACACCACUUGGAGUUCUUCAGGGAGUUUCUCAAAGAACGGAAGGCUGAAAGCCCCUUGCAAUUCCUGGUAGCCAUACAUAAGAUCAGUAUUGAGACAAAUGAAAAAAUGUACAAGUCUCUCUUUGAAAAUAUAAUCAAGACUUUCUUCCAUGGCAAAGUCUCUGCUGAAGAAAUACUGCAGUGUGAUGCUCCUAUUAUCAAAGAAAUCUCUCACAUGCGUCAUGUCAGCACAACCACAUUGUUUAUGCUACAGGGCUUUGUCAUGAAAUCUCUGGAAGAAAAGUGGUUUAAAGAUUACCAAGAGCUGUUCCCACCUCAUCCUCAGGAAGGAUUUACUGACGUACAAACUUCUAAGAAGCCCUCAAAAACCACAACUCACCUGCAGGAAUCCCAGAAGAGAGGCUGGAUAAAAAUGAUUAGCUUUAUUAAGAGCUUUUGCAAGUACCGCAGAUUUAUGUCUGAUCCCAGGAAGUGCCACGAAUUUGAAGAAUAUCUUCACCUAGAAGUGCAAAAUAACAAGGAAAAUUUCUCCACAUCACCAAAUUCAUCAGGACGUCCAACCACAUAUGCCACAAAUGUCCGGAGUGCAGACUUUGAGAAUGGUGAUAUAAUCCUUAUGAAGCGCCGUAUAUUUGGCCACAGAAUUAUCAUUGUCAACUUUGCAAUCAAUGAUUUAUAUUUUUUUUCUGAAAUGGAGAAGUUUAAUGAUUUGGUGAGUUCAGCUCACAUGCUGCAAGUCAACCGGGCAUACAAUGAGAAUGAUGUGAUCCUAAUGAGGUCCAAAAUUAACAUCAUCCUAAAGCUCUUCCUGCAUUCUGAAAUCCCUCCAAGGCUGAGGGUAAACAUCUCUGAAUCCCAGAAGGAUGCCAUCCUUGCUGCCAUUUCAGAGGGCCACCUAGAUCGGAACAUCUUCCACGGGCCUAUCAUGUCUCUCUUCCCUGUCAUUAUGUACUUCUGGAAAAGGUUUUGUUCCUGGAAGGCAACCCGCUCUUACUUCCAGUACAGGGGCAAGACAUACAAGGAUAAAAAAUCUUCUCCUAAGCCCAUGGCUAAGUACCCUCUUUGGAGUGGAGGAGACCACGCCAUCUUAAGAUUCACCUUGCUCAGAGGUAUUGAGUGGUUUCGGCCUCAACAGCGGGAAGUAAUGACAAGUCCAGUCCAAAAUUCUUCAUCUAGCAACUUUACGCUAUCAAGACAUGUGCUCUCCACUGUGCAGCUGUGUCCCGUCCCAGGACCAAAAUUACUUGGCACCAAAAAGGUGAAAAAGUAAUCAAGUCAGGCUCCUAACAGAGGCAUGUCAUCUCUUAGAAGCCUCCUAACACUGACAGAAACAUUUCUGGUCAGAAAUGAAAUGCCCUGUGUCAUCUGCCCUGGAAUGAUCAAUGGAGUGACAGCCCAGACAUGGUCUCCCUGUUCCCUGAGACACAACAAUAUUGAAAUUAGGCCAAUUAAUAACCCUACAAUGGCCUCUAAAUAUUCAAGUGAGAGGAAGAGUCAUGUUUCUCACUGUAAAUCAAAAGCUAGAAAUGAUUAAGCUUAGUGAAGAAGGCAUGUCAAAAGCUGAAACAGUCUGAAAACUAGGCCUCUAGUGGCAAAGAGUUAGCCACGUUGUGAACACAAAAGAAAAGUUCUUGAAGGAAGUUAAAGGGCUAUGCCAGUGAACACACAAAUUAUAAGAAAGCAAAAUGGCCUUAUUGCUGAUAUGGGGAAAAUUUCAGUGCUCUGGAUAAAAUAUCAAACCAGUCACAACAUUCCCUUAAGCCAAAGCCUAAUUCAGAGCAAGGCCCUGACUUGACUGUCUUCAAUUUUAUGAAGGCUCGAGAAGGAUGCAGAAGCUGCAGAAGAAAAUUUGAAGCUAGCAGAGUUUGGUUCAUGAGGUUUAGGAAGGAAGCCAUCUCCAUAAUAUAAAAGUUCAAGGUGAAGCAGCAAGUGCUGAUGUAGAAGCUACAGGAAGUUAUCCAAAAAAUCUAGCCAUGAAAAUCAAUGAGGGUAGUCACAUUAAACAACAGACUUUUAUUGUAAAUAAAACAGUCUUAUAUUGAAUGAUUCCAUCUAUGACUUUCAUAGCCAGAGAGAAGGCAAAACCUGACUUCAAAACUUCAAACCUUAAAAAACAAACAAACAAAAAAAAAACUUCAAACCUUAUUUGUUAGGAGUUAAUGCACCUGGUGAAUUUAAGUUGAGGUCAAUAUUCAUUUCCAGUCCAAAAAUCCUAGGGCCUUCAAGAAUUAUGCUAAAUCUACUCUGCCUAUGCUCCAUAAAUAGAACAACAAAGCCUGGAUGAUAGUACAUCUUUUUAUGACAUAGUUUACUGAGUAUUUUAAGCCCACUGAGACCUACUCCUCAGAAAAAAAAAUAGAUCUCUUUUAAAAGAUUACUGCUCAUUGACAAAAUAUUUGGCCACCUGUGAAUCCUGAUGGAGAUGUGCAAUGACAUUAAUAUUGUCUUCAUGCCUGCUAACACAAUGUCCAUUCUACAGUACAUAGAUUAAGGAGAAAUUUUGACUUUCAAGUCUUACUAUUUAAGAAAUACAUUUCUUACAGCUAUAGCUACUAUAGAUAGUGAUUCCUCUGUUAGAUCUGGGCAAAGUAAAUUAAAAACCUUCAGCAGAGUAUUCACGAAUGAACAUUAACAUUUGUGAUUCAUGGAAAGAGGUCCAAAUAUCAACAUUAAUAGGAAUUUGGAAGAAGUUGAUUUCAAUCCUCAUGGAUGACUUUAGGGGUUCAAGACUUCAGUAGAGGAAAUCACUGCCGAUGUAGUAGAAAGAGCCAAAGAACUAGACUUGGACUGGAGCCCAAAGAUGUGACUGAAUUGCUUUAAUCUCAUGGUAAAACUUGAAUGGAUGAGGAGCUGCUUCUUAUGGAUGAGCAAGAAAGUGGUUUCUUGAGAUGGAGUGUACUCCUAGUGAAGAUGCUGUGAAGAUUAUUCAAAUGCCAACCAAGGAUUUAGAAUAUUGUGUAAACUGAAGAAGCAAUGGCAGGUUUUAAGAGGAUCAACUCCAAUUUUGAAAGUUCUCCUGUGGGUAAAAUGCUAUCAAACAGUAUUGCAUGCUACAGAGAAAUUGUGAAAGAUUCAACCAAUGGGACAAACGUCACUAUUGUCUUAUUUUAAGAAAUUGCCACUAGCCACUCCAGCCUUUACCAGGCACCAGCCUGAUAGCAGCAUCAACAUGGUGGCAAGACCUUCUACCAGCAAGAUUAUGGACCUCUAAAGGCAUAGGUCACAGUUAGCAUUCUUAGCAAUACUGUAUUUUUUAUUAAGAUAUGGACAUUUUUUUAGACACAAUGUCAUUGCAUACUUAAUAGACUAUAGUAUAGUGCAAAGAUAAAUUUUAUAUGCACUGGGAACCAAAAAACUUCA